AUGGAGUUUUCCGGUAUUGAAUUGCACUUCCGUAAUCCACAACUAGGCUUCCAAGUCUUUCAUUACUCAAACGAUAUCUCUAACCCCCACGCCCUGCCCUUGGCACACAACAUUGGAAUCUUUCGCAACCUCAAGCAAGCACAAGAUGCAGCACAAUGCGAGUUGACGCGCGUUUUGGGAUUCUAUCUCAACCAAGGGCACUCCGGUCGUUGUUUUCGCGAGAUGGAUCUGAGUCUACGCGGCCUCAUCACAGCUUACGCAGACAGCUUGGAUGAUGCUAGACAGUUGAUUCGGCGCGAGCUCAUUUUGAGCGAAUUCCACAUUGCAAAGGUUGACGUCUGGAACCCAUCGUGGACCGUUGAGACUGGGAGGACCAUUCGUGAGAGAAAAGCGCAAGUGCACGAACGAUCUGCGUACAGAUUUCGUUGGGAAGACGAUCCGAGAUUUGUCCAGCACGAUGAAGAACGUUUGCCAGAAUGGGCAACAUCUCGUACCCCAUUAUUUGCUCGUCGAGACGAAGGCCCCUUGCGUCGACCAGGCGACCAACCCUACGCUGUACGAAUGGGCUUUUCGUCACCAAAGUCAAUGCCUGUUAUGCCGUCCAUGUCGGAGCAAUCAGUCAAGCCCCCAGAUAGUGGGCUUUGGCGAAGAAACAGCGUGUAA